UGCUUUACAGACAAUUACGCGCUCCAAUUUUCGAGAAUUCUUGGUGCAUCAGGCUACGUCAUUAUCCUGGAAUUCCCUAGCCUUGUAGCAUUUACUGUUUGUUUCUGGAUGAAGACUGAAGACAAACAAAAUGAUGGAACCCCGUUCAGCUACUCCACGUCCGCCACUAGCAAUGAAUUGCUUUUGCACAAUUAUCGUAAUUUUCAGCUGUUUAUUCAUAACCAGAAAAGGUACGUGUACGUAUACUCUAAAGUAAACAUACAGGGUAUUGGGAGGUAAUACCAUCAAAAUCAUCAGAUUAUUAUUGAUAACUACCAGCUUUACAGAUCUUCUGGCGUGCGUGUUGAAACCGAACACCCUUCUCUACCAAAAUUACAGCUACAAAAAUGCUACUUCUCUACGCGCGGCGGAGCCACAAUGGCCACUCACGUUUGUCCCCAAUAUCGUAGUUAUUGGCCAUAGUUCCAUUACAGGCUGGACUCUGUUAUUGACCUGCUCCUAGGCCUUUCCCGAUUGUGCUUGGCAACUUUUGAGCAACUUUUUGUAUUUGGAGCAACUUUUUGCGGUUCUAGCAACCCCGAGCAAAUUUUGCCUUUCUGAGCAACGUUUAGGUUCAGAGCACAUAUCAAGCACGACAAAAGUCGACAAUUUCAUAGAAAACUUCUAUUAGUUUACGAAGUUCCGUAUCAUAGAUUUUUUUUCCACACCCUUAUUGGGUGCUCCUCUUGUACACACACACACACACACACACACACACACACACACACACACACACACACACACACACACACACACACACACACACACAAGAAAAGAAAAAAGAGGCAAAAACCCUAAAGGGUUAGGUGCAACGGGACUAACGUCCCAUGCGAGGCACCGCACCUAGAUUAAGACCUAGGUUAAAAUAAAAUAAAAUGAAUACUGUACUCAAACAUUCGUACAAAAAAUAAAAUAAAUUACGAGUGGCAUGGGCACGUAGGGACUAGUGUCCACGUGCAGGGGUAAUUGAUUUCAUAUACCGGCGAAAGGUGAGUGCUCAUUAAUUUGCGAACAAAAAGUUGAAAGGCAGUAGGAGAGGAAAAACUGGUUGGGGGUGCUACCUUACAAACAUAGUUUCAUACUUUAACGAUACGGUUAAAGUACGAGGCCUGAAAGGUUGAUGUUUUGCCAAAAGGGGUGCGAAGAUUAGAGGAGUUACUUAGUCUUGUACGAUCAUGGGAAACAAAAGAUACAUAAUUCCGAACAUCUAAAUCGGUACUACAGUAAAGGCAUUUAUACAAAAGAUCAAAUCUUUAAGUUCACGAUCUAGAGAAAGUGGAAGUAAGUCUAGCAAAGGCAGCCGCUCUUUGUACGACGACUGAGUUGAACCAGACUAUCCGGGUCGCCGUCCUAGAGUUUUCCUCCGAGUGGAGAGUUCACAAUGUCUGCCUUGAGAGCGUCCAAGUCGACGUCUUUGAGGCAACGCUGUUUAAAUUGUGACUUGGAGGCAGCGGGCUUUGCAAACGCCAUAGAACAGAGUACAGUGUGGUGAUCGGAUGGAAGAUCCAUCAGAGUCGUAAAGGAAGAAAGCGCGAUAUCGUUCUGGCGGUCAAUAAUGAGGUCAAGGGUGUGUGUGCUGCGAUGACUUGGGCCUUUCACAUGUUGUGCAAGGCCUGCCGACUCGAGCAGAUCUUUGAAAUUAUUUGCAUCAGUGUCAUUGUUAACAUCCAUGUGGAAAUUGAAAUCGCCGUUCAACAGCAGGUGGCCAGAAGCGGUGGUAAGAGUUUUCGGUAGUGGAGAACUCUUUGAAAAGGUAGCUGGUGUGGAGCAGUUUUUCUUGGAACGCGGUGGUCUACAAAUAGUUACAAGUCUUAAAGUGGAGUUGCCAUAGGAAAUAUCAAGAUCUAAGUACUCCAUAGAUGAGAAGGGAACAGAUUCGACCUUACGCGUUCUGAGACCUCUCCGUAAGAACACACUUACUCCUCCACCAGUCCUACUAACUCUGGAAACGUCGUAGAAUCCAUAGUCUUUUAGGGUACAACAUCUCCGAGACUGUAGUGAUCCAAGACUUUCCAGUUAGACACGUUCCUUUGAUCGCUAAAAUAUCCAAGUGUUUCGAUAUAACCAGGUCUCAUAUCAAGCUAGAUUUCCUAUUUAUUAGUAGUUAGUACCAUAAAGUAAUAGUUAUUUUUCAUCAUCUUUUGGAAACAAUAAAUUGUAAAUUAUUUCUUAUUUUUCUCUUUACUUUAUGUAAUGUAUCCCUUUAAACUCAUGUGUGUGACCCAGUUACAAAAACUAAUUAUCUAAACCCAUCCGUAAAUACUCAUGACUUGACUGACUGACUAAGCCUGUGAACAGACUCUCUGUUUGGGGAAAAAGUAGCGAGGAAAGGGAAGGGAAAGGGGGCAAGAGAGAGAGCCUGUAGACAAACAUUUGAGGCCGCUAUUCCGCCCUCUUGUAAUUAUCCUGCCGAUCAUCUGUCAGUAAGAUUGUUAUCUGUCAAUCAAUUUCGCACGUGAGUAACCCCUGGGAAAAUUAACAGGAGAUGAGCGGUGUUUUGCUCCGUCUGAAAACAGAGUGAAAUGGAGCGCGAGCCUCAUUGUCGAUUUUGCUAAAAGUCGCUGAUCCCCGGUAAGAGAAUUAAUACGGUGCCAGAGAAAAAAGACCUUACUGGUUGACAGUGGUCAAGACAGCGUUGAAUUAGCGCAAGCAUUUGAAUCCUUAAGAUUUCCCCUUGAGCAAGGAGAAAGCUUUUCCGAUUUAAGUUGCUUAACUUGUGCGCAACAGGCCGUUCGUCUUGCUAGUUCAGCUUCUAAUUUAGCAAGCCCCUGCAAUGGGCGAACUUGGAAUGCGAAAGGUAUAGAUGCUAUCACGACUUCUCCAGAACGUCAAGCUCCAAAGACAAGUACAAAGAGAACAGCAGCGCUUCCAUCGCCGACAGGAAUUAUACCUUCGGGUAUUUAUAGCGACAUUUACCUCAUGCCAAAAUGCUGCUUGUUCCCAUAAGUUUUUUCCUCUGCUAGGUGGAAGGUUCUACAUUUUCACUGAGCAAAUGUUAUUUCAGCCGCUUGUUUCACACUAAGAGGUCAUGGCACACAUCGAUUUACUGUGGUUUUUGUUUUUGGUCGGCAGGAAUUGCCCUCUGCUGAAAGAGCAUUUUCUUUGACCUCUUUUGAAGCGUAAAGCUUUUUAUUGCGGCUGAAUAAGGGUCUUAGUUUUCUCCAAAGUGCCUUCUGGAUCUGAAUAACUAAGCGAUUUUCCUUAGUCCGUGAAUGAAAUGUGUUUCUGCAAUGUUGUAUCACGCUGGACCCAGCUAGUUAGUUUUCUUUGCAAAAAAAAAAAUUAUCAUGGAUGGUGAUUUACAGAUCCAAAUUAUAAGAUUGAAGUGCCGCUUAAACCGAAGCUACAUCAACUAUGGAGAAUUGCAUUGUGACUCAGUAAACUCCAGCUUAGCGUUUUUCUAAAGAUAGUGUGUUUUGUUGUUGCCAAUUUGUGAUCAAAUCGCGAGCUUCGUACGGAUAAAAAAGCCGAUGUCAAUCAGACCUGUCGACAGUCAGUGUUCUCGCGUUCUCGCUGGCAUGAGGAUCUGAUGCACAGCGGGUGCCGUGGAACGGCGGUCCCAGAUGUUUGUCUGCGGGCCUUUUCGCUUUUUCCCUCUCCCCAGUUCCCCGCUCGACCAAAGGCCUGUUCACAGCCUAGACUGCAGCUUGACUUGGAUAACAUACCUAGAUUAUAUAUGCAAAUCAGUGUGGGUCUACCGUCGAAAAAAAAUGACGACUAAAUUUAAAAUAACCCCUUGGCUAUCAAGUGUCAUCCUCACUUCAAUGAAUAUUGCUAUAAUAACCGGACUAGAUCGAACAACAAUUCGUGGGUCAAUCUGAUCACUAUGUUGUCAAAUAAAUAAUGUUUGCUUGGACUUUCUAAUUUCUUUAUUAGAAAAAAUGAGUUCCUGGUGCAACCAUUCAUUAUCUUUUCCUUUAGAACCACGAAUGUGCGCGCAACGGACGGGAGAUGGCACCAUAUCUGUUCCACUUGGGAGAAUACUGUUGGUUCGUGGCAGCUACUUAAGGAUGGUAUAGCUAAGGCUUCUGGGACUAAUUUACAGAAAGGUAGUUAUUUCUAGUUUGGCAACAUUUCGGUCUCAAGGUAGGAGACAUUUUAGUGCAUAUUGAAUAACCACCCUUUGAUUAACCACUUUGCAAUGUAUGAAAAACGUUUGUCUUUGGUCGCCAGUAUCUACUUUACUAGCUUCGUUCUAAUUUUGACUUUAAGCUAAUAUAGUAUAUUUUUGGUUAGUGAUUCUGUAUUACGGUCUUGAUUUCUAUUCUUUCGAGGUUACACAAUUUCAGGAGGAGGAGUGUUGGUGCUCGGUCAAGAACAAGAUAAACCAGGGGGUGGAUUUGAUCAAAAGCAGAGUUUCAUUGGAGAACUGACAAAUGUUCAGCUGUGGAACUACGUAAUUCCUUUACAAGAAAUCAAUGACUUGGCUUUAUUCUUUUUAUGUAAUGCAUAUUCUAGAAGUGGAAACGUGCUUGCUUGGUUUGAUAUUGUUCAAGGUUCACUCAACGGAUCCGUAACGUUGAUUGCAUUGUCCAAGUGCUGA